UCAAAGUUAACUUUUGUUUAUUAGUAGCAAAAAAAUUGUAUUUCUCAUUAUAGUUAUGCUGUUUUAACUAAGUACAAAUUACAGAAAUUCAUAGAAAGUUGACAUCAAAAAUUCUGUUAAAAAGAAAAACAGAAUGGGUUAGGCUACUAUUCUUGUUUUUUCUUGAUUUUUUUUUUUGUUUUACCAACACAAAGCUGGAAUAUAAUAAGGUUUUGAGUCUGGAUCCUCAUAAGAAGAAUCAUCAUUAUCAAAAUGUAGAAGAAGAUGAAGAAGAAAAAGAAAAAAAUCAAGAACAAGUUUUUCAAUUUCAACAACCUUUUUCUCAUCCUGAUCAUUUUAUGUAUCAAGAUUUAGAUAACAUCAAACAACAAGCUCAAUCCAAGAAACGUUCUUAUGUUCCUCCUCUUCCUCGUCCUCGUCCUCGUCCUCCUCCUUCUUCUUGCUCGAAGCAAAAAGUGGGAACAUCGUCAAGAUUUGGUGGUGGAGAGAUUGUUGAAGUACAAGGUGGUCAUAUCAUAAGGUCAAUUGGUCGAAAAGACAGACAUAGCAAGGUGUGUACAGCUAAAGGUCCAAGGGAUCGGCGUGUGCGCCUUGCUGCUCAUACAGCUAUUCAAUUUUAUGAUGUUCAAGAUCGACUUGGCUAUGACAGGCCAAGUAAAGCUGUGGAUUGGCUUAUUAAAAAGGCUAAAGCUUCUAUAGAUGAGCUAGCUGAAUUGCCUCCUUGGAAACCAACCACUGGUGUUACAAGCUUUGAUCAAGAAAAGGAUGUUGAAGACGAUGACAAUAAUGGUCAUUUUGUUGGGACAACUAGUAAAAGUGGAAUGAUAAUGUUAGGCAAGAAUAAUAGUGCUAGCUCAAGUGGUGAAAAUGCAAAUGCAAAUGGAAGUUUUUUGCCUCAUUCAUUAGAUUCUGAUGCCAUUUCUGAUACUAUUAAGUCUUUUUUCCCAAUGGGUGGUGGUUCAACUGAAGGUAAUUCUUCAGCUAUGCAGUUCCAGAGUUUUCAAGAACACAAUUUGAUGUCAAGCACAAGUAGCCAGAGCCAAGAUUUGAAGCUCUCUUUACAAUCUUUUCAAGAUCCUGUUUUGCUUCAUAACCACCAAAUAGAGCAAUCACAAGCUCAGUUUGAAGCAUCAAAUUUCUUUACUGGAAGCACCCCGCUUAUCGGAUUUGAUACUUCAGUCUGGCCUCAGCCUCAGCACCAGCAGCAAUCAGUGGAACUCGGUCGAUUGGCUGCUGCUCGUGGAUACACCGGCAUGGCUUUUGGUGGCGGGGCAAUUGCUGGAGCAAAUAGUUAUUUGUUUAACUCUCAGCCUUCCCCGCCACUACUACAACAAUUGUUCAGCCAAAAUCAGUUUUUGUCUCAGAGGGGACCCCUUCAGUCCAGUUACUCACCUUCGAUUCGUGCAUGGAUAGAUCCAUCAGCGAUUGCUAUUGCCACAGCUGAUCCAAUUCAACACCAACACCAUGUGUUGCCUAUGUAUUCAACAUCAGUUUCUGGUAUUGGAUUCGCCUCAGAAGUAGGCGGAUUCUCUGGCUUUCGCAUUCCUACACGAAUCCAAGGUGAAAUAGAGGAGCAUGAUGGUAUUUCCGACAAACCAUCCUCUGCUUCCUCUGAUUCUCGCCAUUGAAUUACCUCGAAAACACACUCUCCCUUUAUCACCUGACAGGAAAAAGUACUAUACAUCAAGAUGGAAAUGGGAAAGGACAAGUCAGAGAAAGGGCGAUAAUUCAUUUAUCAAGUCUGAUUCAGUGGCAAUGCAUUGCGGAAGAAGAAUCCUGAGCAUAGUUUCAGGUUUUUUUUAAAGAUUAAAUCGCGGUGUAGUAUUCAUGUAUAAGUGUGAUUUCUCUACCUCAACUGCUAAUUUAGGAUUUCUUAUGUAAUUCUGUUGCCAAGUUGUUGUUGUUGUUGUUUGCUUAUUAUCUUCAGCUCAUUAGAACAAAU